AUGCCUUCACUUCAAGUUGGCCGCGCCAGCCAAGGCUGCAGCAACGAAGAAGAGCUGGAGAAGGAGCUAGUAGAGUCGCGGGCUGCGGAAGAGCGGCUCGAACGCGACCUGACGCAGGCAAGGCGCAGCGAAGACUUGAUCAGAGACCAACUACAAGCGGCUGAGCAACAGAACGAAGAGCUUGCCGCAAAAAGUGCUGAGAUCAAAGAGUUGACUGAGCGCCUGCAAAAGGAGACCUCGCUCCGCGAAGAGACACAGGUCGACUUGCAGAAGAAGAUCAGUGACCUGACCUCCGCGAGUGCCGAGAACACAGACUUGGCUGAGCGCCUGCAAAAGGAGACCUCGCUCCGCGUAGAGAAGGAGAAGGAGGUCAUAGCACACGUCAAAGAGAGAGCGGCAGCAGAGAAAGAGCGAGUGCAGGAUCAUAGGCUCCUACUGUUCAACCACCGACAGCUGAUCAGUUGGGAGGAGAGAAAGACACUCUCGGACAUGCUCGACAAGGCUGUCGCGAGCAUGAGGCGGGGAUUUGCUAAGAUAGAGUUUCUGCAGGCAAGUGCAAGCCAGGCCUACCGUCAUCUCCUGUCCACUGCCACAGAGACUGUUGAAAUCAUCCGUCAGAAGAAGGCUUCACUCUCCUGCCCUGCCUCGCCACGGAACCUUUGGAGAGACGGACAGCCCUUCACCUGCCUCUCCUUCCGCGGCCUGGCCUAUGGCAGUGAGAUGGCUGUCGUGGAGGAGCAGCUGAGCACGCAGCAGACAAUGGCGGCCAGGCUGUCCGCGGAGGAGAAGGCUCUCAAGGUGCAGUUGAAACGUCUGAGAGCUGCUGCUGGUACAGAGGACACAAGAAGGGAAGAACACGCGGCCAGAACUUCCAAGGCCGCAGGCAGGCCAAGCCAACCUUCCCAUGGCAAGGUGCCCUCUGCUGACCUCCAGCAAAUGGCUGCUGCAGCGAGUGCGGCAGAAGGCCAGCUGCCAGUGGACGAUGUGGAACAUGAUUCUGACGAGGAUCUUGAUGGUGAAGCAGCCGGAGAUGGGGCACCGCAGAGUCCUGCGAAGGACUCGAAAAGGAGAAGGAAGAUCAGCCGACAGGAGGCUGCAAACCCAGAUGAUGCCCUGGCGCAGCAGCUCAAGGACAAUGCAGCAUUGUCACAAGAGUUGGAGGCACUUCGCAAGCAGCUGCAAGAUCUCAAGAAUGCUGCUUCUGCAGAAGUCGCCACAGGCACAGGGUCCUUGAGCCCUACACGAGCACGCAGGAACUCCCGGGUCCACAUCUCUGAGCCUUCAGGAGAGAGUGCAGGCGAUGCAUCUGCAAGCCCUAGCGCAAGGUCCCGCUCGAGGCGAUCGUCAUCGAGACGGUCCGUUUCUGCUGCGGCGCGGCGUUCCAGCGCGAAGCCAGCGGAGGAAGCACCCGUCAGCGAGGAGCAGCGUCAGGAAAAUGAAGUGAAGCUCAAGGACCUCAUUGCGGCCUGCCAGAAGCUAGCCGAAGAGAAGGAAGCCUUUGAGAAGGAGCUCGCAUCGAUUGAGGAUAAGAUUCGACGAGUGAAGAGCAUGGACUCAGGAGGAGCCGUCGCAUUACUCAAACAGGACGUCCAGCAAGAAAAGAAAGUUGAAAGCAGCGAAGUCAAGGAACUCAAGGCUGAGAUCAAGAAGAAGACUUCCCAGGUGAAUGCUAUGAGGAGGACAUGGCAAGAAAUGCAGGGCUCCAACAAACGAGGAAGUGCAAGCGCUGCGGUAGAGGAGGAGAGGCAGAGAGAAGUGGCAAAGCGCUUUGCCCAUGUGCUUUCUUUCCUCAGGGCCGCGAAGGCAGCUGAGCUUUCCAAAGAGGCAGAGAACGCGGGCCUCGUCACGGAAAGUGGCAAUGCUGAAGUUGUGGGAAGAAGCGCCUCAAAGUUCCUACUCUCAAUUCGAAAGGACAAGAUGGAGGCAAAGCUAACUGAAAACAUCAAAGCGCAAGAGCCGGCGCCUCCGGCAUCACCGGUUGGGCAGAGGCGGCCUUCCAUCACCCGCAAUGCCCUGAUUGCACCUUCGCCUUUAGCUUCGCCCGUAGCUUCGCCCGUGCUGACACCAACGCCUGACGAACAAGGAACUUCCCGGCAAGGCUUCAACCGCAUCAUGGCUGAGGCGAUGACUGGGCAUCGAAGCAGCAUUGCUGGACCACAGCACAGUGCCACCUCUUCAGAUGACGAGUCCGUGUCUCGCCCAUCGCGAAGAGUUUCGGCUUCAAGCUCCUCUUUGCAGGUUCCUCGCACCUCCGAUGAUGGCGAGGUGCGGCGCCGAUCCUUCAACAACAUUUUGGAGAAGGCGCGGAUGCGCAAGCCGAAGGAGGAAGUGGUUUUAUCUCCGGGCGCCAAGGCGAACGCCGCCGUCAGAUUCGCAUCCGAUGGCUGA